AUGACCUCGUCAACACCUCCCCGUAUACGACGGACCACACAAAAUACCCUUCUCACAUAUAAUCUCUCUCGACGGAUACACGACGUGCAAACAUACCCCAUUCAAUCUCCCCAAGGAGCGACUAUCUUAAUAUACGGCCAUGAAACCGGCGUAACUGUCGUAUGGCGCGGUGGCCGUCGCUUUAAGCCCUCCCGGAAGCCGGAGCCCGUUAAGCAGCAGCAGAAUGGAGGCGCCGCCGACGCUGGUGUCAUGGUUAUUGACUCGGACGAUGAAGAGCCGCCAGCCAGCAAGACGACGGCGAGCGCCACCGGCGCCUUCGUGGACAAGCCCGAGUUCGAAGCCGCGAUCGAAGAAGGGCCGUACCCCGAGAUCAUCCAGACCCUCGACCUCACGCUUGGCGCGUCGGUGCUUCACGUGGCCGUCCCGCCCGACAGCCUUGGUGGUGAUAAGCUCGUCUUUGCGGUGUCAUGCGCUGGCAACGACGCCUACGUGAUCACGCUCCCGAGUACGCCGCCGUCACCAGAGAGCAAGGCGCGCCCGGAGCUUCGCGUUGACCUGCUGGCGGGCCAGGCUGGCUCGGGCGCGUGGGGCGAGUUGCUGAUUGCGCUGGGCGGCCAGACAAGACCGAGCGACGGUCUCGCCAUCGCGCUCGCGCAAACGUCCGAGUCGACGCAGCUGUCCAAGCCACCCCGCCUCAUCGUCGCCGCGCACUCCAAGCAGGCGUCUGGUGUCCUGCGGCUCUGGGACGUUGCGCUGGAUUUGAAGUCGGACCGAUCGCUGGAGCCUUUUCAGACCGAGUACCUGCCCAGCCCACUGAAGAGGAUAUCCUUCAACCCAACCCACAGCACACAGCUCCUCACCGUGUCCGCCACCGACGCCGUCCGGAUCUACGACUACGCCGCUCCGUCUAUACUCAAUGACCCGGACUCCACUGGCCCAUUUCCUAGCCAGGGCUCGUGGCUCCUCUCUCUAUACCAGCCCUUUGCGAAACCGUCGUCGGCGAGGAAGCCGAUCCUCGACGCUGCCUGGAUAUCGAAGGGCCAAGCAGUCUUUGUCCUGCUCGCCGAUGGCAUGUGGGGGAUCUGGGAUAUUGACGGCGUGAGCCCGCUGUCUGCCAGCGCGAACAUGUCGACAAAACUCAAAUCUGGCGUUCGCGGUGCGGCGCUGACGGCGUUUAGCAUAUCGGGCUACAUCGAAGGCACGGGCUCCCUGCGCAGCAUCGCCAACCAACAAAAGGAGGCGCAGCAGGGGGAGUUUGCGCCCAUGACGCCGCAUACUCGCAAGCAAGCGACUGCUUCGCUGAGCUCGACCAACACGUUGGAUAGACUCUCCAGCGUGCACGGCGGUGUGCGCACGACGGUGAUUCCGUCGCCCAAAAAGUCCUCGCAGGAGGAGGCUCUGGUCCUCUGGCUUGGUGGCCUGGAGCAUGUCUGCGUGGUACCCGCCGUCUCGCGCUUCUGGGAGUCGCAGCUGAACAAGGGAUCUACCGCUGGCGUGAAUCUCUUCAGCGGUGGACUGCCCACGCGGAUGAUAAAGCUUGCUGAUCUAAGCACCGGCUUGCUUGGCGAGCCGUGCCGCGGCGUCGACCUCAUCCCAGCAAGGAGCACUGGCUCGGUGGCCGAGGGCGGCAUGUCUGUGGAGGUGGUCAUCCGUGGCGAGACUCGACUCGUCAUUGCCCAAGACGGCGACGAGAGCGGCAGCAAGAAGCUAUCGCUGUACAGACCCAGACGCCUGUUCUCCAAGGAGCACCCGAGCGCCAUCAUCGUGCACGGCGAGACCAACAGAGCCCGGCCAAACCUGUCCUUUAACCUCAGCACAGCCAAGGCCGGGUCGCUGCGUCUCAAGUCGACGGCUCCCAUCGAUCAAGAUCACGAUAUGGAUGACGUGUCAUUCAAUGGUGCAUCACGGCCGCGCGUCGGCUUCGACUUUGCCAAUACCCUCAGCGCUGCGGCGGAUGAGUCGGCGGACAUUUCCCGCGACGUCGAGGCUGAGAUGUUGGGGAUCAUGGAGAUAGAUCAAGCACUGGAUUCCAUGAAUGGAACCCCGACCAAGAGCCGAAAGAGGGUUUUUUUUGACGAGUAA